UAAAAGGUUAUAUUUGCCCAAAAGUUGCUACUCCUAUAAAAUAAACACGGGCUGACCUUUCCGUAGUAGGUAGCCUCGAGGCUCUAUCUUUGAUCAGCUUCGUACACAGAGAGCGAGAGAGAGAGAUGGAGGGUAUGAGCCGGUGUUCGGCGAACUACGUCCCUCUGACUCCAAUCAGCUUCCUUGAACGAUCCGCGAUCGUCUACAGAGACAGAGUCUCCGUUGUGUAUGAGGACGUUAAGUACACAUGGAGGGAGACCCACCAGCGGUGCAUCAGACUUGCUUCAGCUCUCGAUCAACUCGGAAUUUCUCCUGGAGAUGUCGUUGCUGCUUUAGCCCCAAAUGUUCCAGCAUUGUAUGAGCUGCAUUUUGGAGCUCCCAUGGCCGGGGCAGUUCUUUGCACACUCAACAUACGCCAGGAUUCGGCAAUGGUGUCUGUUUUAUUGAAACAUUCAGAGGCCAAAAUCAUUUUUGUAGAUUACCAAUUUCUCAAUAUUGCUCGGGGAGCACUUGAAAUCCUAUCCAAAACCGCGACUAAGCUUCCCCGUAUCAUAUUAAUCACAGAAUACAAUCGGCCAGCUAGCACCAUUUCCACAUCUCAAGUUGCUUUAGAAUAUGAGAAUGUGUUGGCGAUGGGAAAGCUGGAUUUUGAGAUCAGAUGGCCAAAAGAUGAAUGGGAUCCAAUCUCUCUCAAUUACACUUCCGGAACUACUUCGAGUCCAAAAGGCGUUAUCUAUAGUCAUAGAGGUGCAUAUCUAAAUUCUUUGGCUGCUGUCCUUCUCAAUGAGAUGAACUCAAUGCCUGUGUACCUAUGGUGUGUUCCGAUGUUUCAUUGCAAUGGGUGGUGCCUCACUUGGGCAGUGGCCGCACAGGGAGGCACAAACAUCUGCUUGAGGAAUGUCAAUGCUAAAGACAUUUUCAGCAACAUUGUUCAGCACAAAGUGACUCACAUGGGUGGUGCACCGACAGUGCUGAAUAUGAUAAUCAAUGCGCCAAACAAUGAGAAAAAGCCUCUUCCGGGGAAGGUGUCCGUUAUGACAGGUGGUGCACCACCACCUCCCAGAGUACUUUUCAAUAUGGAAGAAAUAGGAUUUGCUGUUACACACUCUUAUGGCUUGACCGAAACAUAUGGUCCUGGAACUGUUUGUACUUGGAAACCUGAAUGGGACUCGCUGCCUCGAGAGGCCAAAGCAAAGAUCAAGGCUCGGCAGGGUUUGCACCAUCUAGGUAUGGAAGAACUUGAUAUAAAAGACCCGAUUACCAUGAAAAGUAUACCUCCUGAUGCGAAAACGAUUGGAGAGGUUAUGUUCAGAGGCAACACUGUAAUGAAUGGAUAUCUAAAGAAUCUAAAAGCAACCCAAGAAGCAUUCAAAGGUGGAUGGUUUAGGAGUGGGGAUUUGGGAGUGAAACACCCGGAUGGGUACAUAGAACUGAAGGAUCGUUCAAAGGACAUUAUCAUUUCUGGGGGAGAAAAUAUAAGCACAAUUGAAGUGGAAGCUGUGCUAUUUAGUCAUCCAGCAGUUCUUGAAGCAGCUGUUGUUGGAAGACCUGAUGAUCACUGGGGGGAAACUCCUUGUGCAUUUGUGAAGUUGAAGGAUGGAUGUAGUGCUAGUCCUGAGGAACUCAUUGGGUACUGUCGAAAUCGCUUGCCUCAUUAUAUGGCCCCCCAGACUGUCGUUUUCGAGGAUUUGCCAAAGACUUCAACUGGAAAGACUCAAAAAUAUGUUCUAAAAGAGAAGGCCAAAGCCAUGGGAAGCAUUUCAAAAAGAACCGCCAGCAAAUUGUAAAGAUUAUUUCGGAUAAUUACCUGAACUUGCUUGAAGUAUGGUUCUCUCUUAAUGGCUAAUGUAUUCUAUUCGAGUGGAACACUUUACAUGCUUUCUCCUUCCUUGAUUCCUGCUUGUAAAUUGAUUCAACCUCAAUUUCUGAGUUUGAAUUUCUUUUAGAAUAGUAUUGAUUAUUAUUAUUAUUAUAUGAUUGUAAAUCAAUGGAUAUUGUUCAUAAACUGUGGUGCCCAUCAUUCUAAGGAAUGAACUUUUUUUA